CUUCUAACUUCAGACAUUACAGAUCGCAAAGAUUAUUUGCCACGCACUGGAAUUGGCCUUUCAGCUGCUCCUAGCUACGAACUUAAAGCCGAUUACUGCCUUCCCUACCAGCGUUUUGUAAUGGGUGCGAACCAGAGCACCGAAGACGUAUUGGAUGCCGUCAACCAAGCAGAUACAACAGAAAAGACAACUCCUGUGAAGGAUGGCGCUGGAGGCACCAAGCUUUACAAAUUCGUCGCGACCAGCAGCGGGGAGGGCAAUUGGGAGCUUGCCAGCAGCAACGCACGCCCGCGCUUCUAUGAUAGCCUUGAAGAUUCAAACUCCAGUGGCAAGAAGGACUUCUUCUUGGAGAUUGAGCAGGGGGAUGUUGACGUCCAUGUGGACCCGCGGCUUAACUACGUGCUGAACGUAAACCAGCGUCGCAUCACUUUCUGCGCAAACAACACGAUCUAUGCUCUUAAGUUCCCCAACGAUCAAGCAUGCCGCCUGUUCGGCGAGCAGUUGAACGACAUCAUCUUCUAUAACCAAUAUGGCGUCGAAAAUGACGACGCUAGUCGAGCGAAAGUCAUGGAGGACUACGCUGGCACCCUGUUCUCGAAGAACACGGAUAGGAUGUUCGAGCCUAUGGAGGUCGAUGCAGGCGAGGACGAGAAGGAUGCAGCUCAAUUCUAUACCCCUGAAAAGCUCAAGGAGAAGCAAGCUAAGGAGAUGGACAAGGACGAGGACGCAAUCAAUGGGAUCAUCAUGGGCGCAGGUGAGAACAACUACCUCAUGCGCGGCAGGCGGUUUGACGUGCUGCGUAACCUCGAAGGUGGCGGCGUCGAGGACAAGGGCGUCUGCUUCACACUCACUCCCAUGGCGGGCGGGGCAGGGCCGUCCACUCCCGCCGUCAGCACGCGCAAGACGCGAGGCACGGCGGCCAGGGCUGAGGCAGAAUCCCUCGGCGCCGGCUUUACGCCCUCCAAGGUGCUCCUGACCCAUGGCGAGCGCCGCAUGAACCUGCUGACGCCCGACAACCGCAACGUCUUGCACCAUGCGGAUAUCGAGACCGGCAAGAUUGUGAACACCUUCACCUUUAACAAGGACUCUGUGGACAUCCCGAUUGCGGAGAUCGCGGCCGAUUACAAGGCUGCACAGAUGGAGGAGCACUCUCAGUUCCUGGGCAUCGACCAGAACCGCCUUAGCAGGUGGGACAUCCGCGACCCUCGGGGCGUUGUGCAGCAGUCCCCGGCCGUCAUGAGUUAUGUGGCGGGCAAGGACUACAGCCGCGGGACUAACUUCACCUGCAUGGCCACCAGCGGAGACGGCUUUGUGGCUCUGGGCUCGCGCGAUGGCCGCAUCCGCCUGUACAACAGCAAGACCUUGACGCAGGCCAAGACGUCCAUCCCCGGCCUUGGGGCGCCCAUUACCUCCAUCGACGUCACCUACGACGGCAAGUGGGUGCUGGCCACCACGGACCAGUACCUCAUGCUGGUCAAGACCACUUACGUCGAUGACAAGGGUCGGCAAGCCAACGGGUUUGAGAGCCGCAUGGGAGGUCGCGGUGCGGUGCCGCGCCUGCUGCGGCUGAAGCCGGAGGACGUUAUUCGCACACAGGGCGCCAAGUUCACUAAGGGCAAGUUCACAUGGAUUACCGAGAGCGGGCAGUCGGAGCGCUGGGUGGUGGCGGGUUGCGGCCGCUUCUCGGUGGUGUGGAACUUCUCCAAGAUCCGCACCGCCGCCACCGAGACCAUCGGCUACGGCGGCCUGCCCACGUCGAUGGACUACUUCCUGCGCGCCAAGGAGGAGGAGGUGGUUGACGUGCAGUUUGUGCACCAGAAAUACAUGCGUGACGUCGACCAGGCGGCGCUGGUGGUGGCAACGCCGCACAGCCUGUUCAACCUGGCCUAAGAGCAGGGUGUGGAAGCCAGCAGCAAUGUUAGUCCUAUGGCGUACCGGUACAUUAGGCGCGGGCCGGGUUUAGGCUUCCAAGCCGCUUGCAUGGGAGGAACCCCACCUGGGUACAAUCCACUGCAUGGGUGUUGUGUUCUUAGGACAAACCUGUCGCAUGUCAUUGUGCAUCGUACAUAUGGGGUUUAGUAGCGGCUUGGAGUACCCUUCUGUCUGGCCUUAGGGCGACAGAUGUCGAGAGCCAUGCAGGAACUGUGCACUAGGUGGCGAAGCCGCAGGUGAUUAGGGUAGUGCCAACAUUAUUCUGACUUGCUCCGGGUGACCGUCCUUCGUGCUUCUAGUGAAAAUCGGCUGAGCCCGGCCCCAACAGGUUGCGAGAGGUCUGGUACAGUGUUGCUGCCAAUACCAUCGUCAAUAGACUACGUUUGCCCUGCCAUUGCUACCGGUGUUAUUGUGACAGUGCUAACCCGUACUGCUGUACCCUAAUUACGCGGUGAUGCCGUAGAUGGGCGAAGACGCUGUCCGGUCUGUAUUCUCGACAUGGCGCAUUAACCAAACAUGACAUGUGCGGUGUGGGUAUGGCUUUUGCCGUUGAUGCUACCUGCUGUACGACUGUCUUUGGUUGCUGCUGCUUGUAAUGUACG